UGGUAGUCAAUGGCGCAGAAUGGCGCGCGCGCCAUGCGCCAUGAGGCGCGAAAUCCCAGAUGCGCUAUGAAAAGGGCUGGUGGCGAGGUGUAUACACAUGGCGUAUACGCGAAUGCUUUUUUAAAAAAUGGGUCCGUUUUUGAGCUGUAAGUUGUUUAGGUUUGGGCCAUAACAAUCUAUUUUAGCCCAUAACAACAAUAAAACUCUAACAAAACUUACUAUUUUAGCCCAUAAUACUAACAACAACCCUAAAUAAAAAUAAAUAAACACAACAAAGUGAACACGUGAUGAGAAGUUAAAGCUACUGCGACAACAAAAAAGCUCUGCGACAACCGAGAAAGGCAAACGACAAAGGGGACGGACUGUCGUUGACUUCUUCCAACUACAUAAGGUACUACAACCUCUUUAAUGCUGUGUAUUAAUGAAUAAAAGUUCAGUUUAUAAGUUACAGUUUAUCCAAAACUUUAUAUGAGUUAUAGGAUUUGUAAAAUGAAGUUUUUACUUUAAUACUUAUAGGAGUUAUAGCAUUGAAAAAUGAUGUUUUUACUUUAGAACUCAAAGUAUUUAAACUGAUAAAUUGAUACACUUUUAUAAGUUAAUUUAGACUGUUUAUGAAAGUCUAAACUUUACUGUGAAUGGUCUAAACUUAAAUGUGCAUGGUUUAACUAAAACAGAGACUUUCUAUGGUAUAUAAUUUAUGUAAAGUUUAAACUUAAAGAUAAAGUGUUUAUGAAUGUGUUUAAAGUUUAAACUUUAUAUUUUGUGUUUAAAGUUUAAACUGAACUUUACAGUAGUUGAUGCUCAUUGAAAUUUUUACAGUAGUUGAUGCUCAUUGAUCAUUUUUAUUUUAAUUUACUUUACAUGAUGCUCAUUGAAUUUUUUUUCUUAAUUGUUAUUAUAAAGGUAACCGAAGAGGCAGAGCAAAGGAUGUCUGUUGCCUUUGCUAAGGAGCUCUGUCAGAAAGUGAAAGAAAACAACAACAAUGAAUUGCGCUGCAACUACUGUGGGCACGUGACGAAAGGUGGAAUUACAAGGUUUAAACAACACUUGACCGGGAAGCACCGCAACACAAGACAGUGUGAACGCAUUCCCGCUGAUAAGAAGGCUGAACUGCAGGCGUUAGUCUUGAAAGAAUCUGCUGCUAACUUAGAAAAAAAUGUGUGUGAACAAACCUUUCGAAGUACAUACACAGUACAGCAGUCUGGUGGGUCAAGUGCAAAUAGGGUGAUUGGAGAUGAUGAUGUUGAGAUAAUUGGUUCUCAGUCAAAUGCAGAGGGAGGUGGUGUGACUGGGCCUAUGGAUAAUUUCGUAUAUCCAACAAAAAAACGUAAGAAGGAAACAUUGACGCAAACAACAAUCCCAUCACACAUGAAGAAAAAAGAGAGGGAUGAGUAUGCUCAAAGCCUUUGUUUGUGGAUGUACAGGAACUGCAUCGCCUUUAAUGUAGCUCGUGACCCUUUGUGGAAAGAAACACUAGAAAAGAUUGGCAGGUUUGGAGCUGGGUUUAAAGCACCAACGUAUCAUGAAGUGAGAGAGACGUUCUUGCGAAAAGAGGUCGCAAAAACAGAUCUUGUGGUUAGUGAGCACAAAAAAUUAUGGGAAUUAGAUGGCUGCACUAUUAUGUCAGAUGGGUGGCAGGAUAAACGGCAUAGAACUCUAGUGAACUUUUGCGUGAAUUCUAGCAAAGGGACGGUGUUUAUGAAAGCCGUAGAUGCUUCAUCUUACAAGAAGACCGGGGAAGCACUUUUCAAGCUUUUCGAUGAGUGGAUAAAAGAAAUAGGUCCUCAAAGUGUCAUACAAGUUGUAACCGACAAUGCUAAAAAUUAUGGAUUAGCGAAGAGGAAGAUAGAACAAAGAUAUCCACAUAUCUUCACGACGGGGUGUGCAACUCAUUGUCUUGACCUUGUUCUAGAAGACUUUUCAAAGAAGAUGCCGAUAGUUAGAAGAACUGUGAAGACGGCACAAGGGAUUACUACCUACAUCUACAGCCAUACCCUUAUUCAUGACUUAAUGAAAGAAUUUACCAAGGGUAGAGAGUUAGUUAGACCAGCUGCCACACGGUUUGCCACUAACUUUCUGACUCUUCAAAGUCUUCUCACGCGGAAACAGGCAUUGAGGCAGAUGUUUGCUUCACCGAAAUGGUAUCAAAGUGAGUUUGCAAAAACUACGGAAGGUCAAUCUUGUUUUGAGUCAAUUUAUCGUCAAAGCUUUUGGAGGAGUGUUGCCUAUGUUAUGAAGAUUUCAUUGCCAGUAGUGAAGGUAUUGAGAAUUACGGAUGGAGAGUUGCCUGCAAUGGGCUUUAUUUAUGAGGCUAUGGAGAGAGCAAAAUUGGGAAUAAAAAACACAUUGGGAGGUAAAGAAGAGAAAUACAUGCCUCUUUGGAAGAUAAUAGAUAAGCGUUGGAAUGAGAACCUGCAUUCUCCAUUACAUGCAGCGGGGUAUUAUCUCAAUCCUCAAUUCUUCUACCCUAAUUCACGACGAAUCCUCGGAGAUGAAGAAGUAUGCGAUGGCUUUAUAAAGUGUGUGGAGAAGAUGUUGCCCGCUAGCAUUGGAGAGAGUGUAGAGUUCUCAACUGAGAUAUCAAACUAUACAAAUGGUAGAGGAAGUUUCAGAACUAAAAUGGCAAUGAACAAUAGGGACAAACAACCACCGGUUGACUGGUGGCUUUCAAAUGGCUCCUCGUCUCCUACAUUGCAACAUCUUGCUGUUCGGAUCCUUAGUUUAACUUGCAGUGCUUCUGGAUGUGAACGAAACUGGAGUGCUUUUGAAAAUGUAAGUUCAUAAAUCUGCCUUUCAUAUUUAAUUCAACUAUUUAAGUUAUCCGUAGUUGAUUUGUUAUCUACUUGUUUUAGGUUCAAAGCAAGAAAAGGACAAGGUUGCUGCCAAAAAAAUGAAUGAUUUGGUAUACAUUCGGCAGAAUCAAUGUCUUCAAGAUCCAGCUUUCAAAAAAAAUGAAAGUAUGUUUGGAUGACAUUGACGAUUGCAAUGAAUGGAUUGAUGAAGCUGCUGAGCAAAAUGAAAUGGAAAACUGGGAUGUAGUGGAAGAAGUUGUUGGUGUUAACGAAGCAAAUCACAACACAAGAGCAACAACAUCAAGGGCAUCAACACUUCAACUGCACGACGAAGAGGACACAGAGGAGGCGGAGGAAAUGGAGGAAACGGACGAGGUUGCAGAUCCCUCCGAGGAUGAAAUGAAUGAGGAUGGUGUGCCAUUGCUAUCAGAUUCAGACGAAGAUGAUGAAGAGUCCGAUGAUUGAUGAUGAUUAUGCCAUAAUCAUCAAACAAAAACAAGCUAACAAGCCUAAAUCCUAACAUUUUUUGGCAAGACAGAAACUUUUUUUUUGAAUAUUAUGUUUUUUGGAAGUACUUUGAACUAUUUUAUCAUGUUUUAGUGGUUGGGUAAACUUGGGUAAAC